CGUAACAUGAAAUGAACACACCGUUGAAAUUCCCGCGCAAAAAACGUUGAGUUUGGAUUGAGCCAUCAGCCAUGGAUCUGUACAACACCCACGUCAAGCUUCUAGCCUUUGAUUUUCUCUCUCUUACCCCUACCCGAUCAGAUCCCUCUUGCUUCCAACGCAAGGGCCUGCGCCUCUCGCGCGCCGAGUCGAUCGGAGUGGUGGUCACUCGGGAGCUCAAGCCCGGUAAAUUCCUCCGCUUCUCCAUCGAUGACGGCACCGGCUGCAUCCCCUGUGUGCUCUGGCUCAACCAACUCACCUCCUCUUACUUCUCCCGGAGGAGCCCAUCAUCUGUUCGGUCAAUUGCCCGAACCGCGCUCCACUUCGCCUCCGAGAUCCAGCUCGGCGUCGUCGCCCGGGUGCGCGGCAGAAUCACCGCCUACAGAGGAACCGUCCAGAUUACGGUUUCCGAUUCCGCUUUGGAGACCGAUCCGAAUGCGCAGGUUUUGCAUUGGUUGGACUGUGUCAGGUUGGCCAGGAGAUGUUACGAUAAGUUUUCCACAAUUAGGGUUUGAUUGAUUUGGGGAUUUCUCGUUUAUGAAGUUACUUUGCUUAAUUGAGCCAAUUUUACUUGAUUCAUAUGCUGGGGGUUUGUUUGAUUCAUUCAAUUUGCUGGCUGAUGAUUCUUGAUUCCUUGUUUGUGAGUAUUGCUAUUCCAAAUAAUUGGGGUUUUGCUUGAUUCAUUCAUUCACCAUGGUUAAUCAUCUCAACAAGCAUGUGUUGUACUUCAAUUUUUAGAGAAUAGGGAAUUCUCAUUCACUAAAACAAUUGGUAUUGAGAGAUACUACUUAGUUUUCGUUCCUCUGCGAGUUUGUUUGUGUUCGGGGACCCCGGCCCCUUGUUGCACUAGGGUCCUAAUAAAUUUCCAUGUUUCACCAAGUCUGGAAACUAGUUGAACAGAGCCGAACAUAGGAGCUGUCGAUUAAUUGUUUGCUCUGUAUAGCAAUUGCUAUUUUCAUAUCAAGUCCAUUUCUUUCUAAUGGUAAAUCUUGUCCUGCUGUAACUUGUUGGUUGUAAUUCUGUUUAGCUAGUGUUACAAUCCAAUUUCUUGAGAACUAAGCGAUAUGUCGAUAGUGGGACAUGUUUUUCCUUGCUAGAAAACCCCAAAUCAACAGCGUCUGUUUGUCUCUUUAUUUGAGUUUAUCUUUCAUUUAGAUUGUAGCAAGUGUUUGGCUUUUUUUACUAGAGAAAUAUGUGAUCAAUCUAAUGUCAAACAAUGCUCUGUUUACUGUCUCUGACAAUUUUGGCCAAUCAGAAUGUUAAGCAAUCGACACAGCCUUAAACUGUCCGUCGUAUAUGUGAGUAUUACAUGUUCCUUUGUACUGAAA